AUGGAAUCAGGUUCUCCAGGUUACAGAAAUCAGGGCAAUGAUUCCUUUAAUACGAGGCAGCAGCUACCGCCCAUGAUUGAGGGACUGGAAGCGUAUGAUGUAGCGGAGGACCCAAGUCGAUUUGAAAGCAUGUGGAUGGAUACAAUAUUACCCUGGCUCUCGGACGGCUCCGAAUACUUAGCUCCGACCGCGCCACCAGACCUAUCGUCGCCUGGAAGUGGGUUUAGCAUCCCCUCCAUUGAUCCUUCUCAAACAUCCUCUACGGAUUUCUCAUGCCCAUCUUCGCACCUUCCGGCGAUACAUGAUGCCUUGUCCGACAAUGUAGACCCUGACCAGUUUGGCCCGGCAUCGGCACCGUUGCUCAUGCCAAUGAAGCCGUCCGGGGACCUGUUGUCCAUGGCCCCUCUUAAUUGGAGUACACCUACGAUGUCUGCUACGACGUCGAUACUUCAACAGCAGCCGAUUUCCCUUCCACUUCCGCCUUCAAUUCAUCAACCUUCAGCAUCCUUUCCAGACAGCACGCACCACUCUUUUAUCCAGUCUGGCAACCAUGGACAAAUGGCGUCACCCGCGGUGUCCAUCCCAAGUUACAGUCAUCAAACUUUGGGCACGGGUGCCAACAGCUCCCCUGCAUCUUCUUUAGAAGAACAGUCGCAUCUCGAAUAUACACAAUCGGUCGACCAUGUCUCAUCAGCUAGCACUGAUGUCUCCGCUCUUGCCACCGACAAUUUCCUAGCUCAGCCCCUGAUUACAGCUGGUCAUAUUGGCGCGUAUUCUUCUUUAACACCGCCCAACAAUCAGCAAGCGCAGAAUGACCGCAAUAGGAAGUGUCUGCGUCGUAAGGGGGCUCCAAACCGAAGAAAAGGCUCGAGAGCGAAUAAAUCAAAAGCUAGCCUUGUCGAUACUACAUCAACAGCAAACCCCCGACCGCGGCGAAUUCCCAAGGAAGACGUUCCAGUCGAACUACAUUGGUUCUUCAUGAAUCACGCGCCAGGGCGUUUUCUCCUUAGUAGAGAAAAGUGCCAGUCUAUGAUAACAGAAAGUGAGGAUGGAACGCCUAUCUGCAAGUACUGUAAUUGGAAGGGCGAUAAUAAACGCCCUCAACGGGUCACCGAACACUUUGCUAUGCACCUCGACUAUCGGCCAUACACAUGCGUAAUAUGUAAUCAACACAUGACGCGACCUCUCAAUCAUACAGAGGCCAAAGAUGGCCACAAGUUUGUCGACUUUGAAGCUCUAAUCUUCAAUCCAGACACUCCUUUCGAAGAAAUUUUCGCCGCUUUUAGCCAUCAAGUCUGA